AUGUCCAAAGAACUCCAGGAGCCACUGCUUUAUGCUCCAGAGAUUGUAACUGACCUGGUAAAGCCAGAGGUUCAAUGGACUGAUGAUGAGCGGAGAUUGGUAAUUCUUGAUUCCAGACUCAAAAACAUGAUUGUCACCACUCUUCCUACUGAAAUCAUGAAGCUCAUCAUUAAAUAUCCCACUUCCAAAGAAGUCUGGGAUAGAUUGUGCAGCAUGUAUGAAGGAUCUGCUGACACAAUCAAGACCAAGAAAAUAGAUUUGAAACGGGCUUAUGAAAACUUCUUUUCUCUUCCUGAUGAAAGUCUUGACAGCACAUAUACCCGUUUCAAAGGGUUGCUGAAUGAUAUGACUAAUGUUGGCAUCGUUCAUGAUAAUUUUAAAUUAUGUCAUAAAUUCAUCGAUAGUCUUCCUCUUAAAUGGCAAAAUUUGAGGCAAAUCCUUCGUACCACAAAGCAGAUCCAAGAGUAUGAUCUUGAGGAAAUCUUUGGUGUUCUUCAAUUUGAAGAAAAGGCUUUGGCUCAAAAUAUGCGAGCUGCUGCUGAUGCUGGUAGACAUGUUGGUCCUUCUUCUUCUUCUCCCAGCAUGUCUGCUUACUCAGUUUCUGACCCUCUUGCCCUCGUUUCUGCUAAACCCAUAAAUCUCAAUGUGGGCGUCAGCAACUCUACCACUCUUCCUCUCUCUAUCAAAUCUCUUGUUGAUGAUCUGGAUGCUGAAGAGAAACAAGAUAUGUUCAGCGACUUCACGGAUUUUGCCUUGAUCGCUGGGAAGAGGAGGAAAGCUGGAGGUGUGGCAGAAAAAGUCCAUUACCAAAAGGAAUGCAAGGUUUCUAUGCCUACCCCUGCUGCUCCUAAAUCUAACCCCUCUAAAUCUGCUAAUGAGUACAGGAACAAAUACUAUCAGCUAAAAGCAAAAGUUGCUGAAACAGAGGAGGCCAAAACACCAGCUAAAGGGUUGGUUGCUGAAGAGCAUGAUUGGGCCAACUCUGAUGAGUCAGAUGAUGAAGAAUAUGUUGAUGCCAUGUGUUUAAUGGCACUUGCUGAUGGUGAUGGACUGACAAAAGACCAAGUCUCCUCCAGUCAGUGGGUGAAUGUCACCAUUAAAAAGUUCGUAGAAUCUUUACGUGCUAAACUUCAAUCAAAGCUUAACUCUGUCAGUUCAGAGUUGAGUGAAAAAUCAAUAAAACUCAUGAAAUUGAAGAACGUUCAUGUCGAACUUCAAUCUCAUGAGUUGUUGACUCAAAAGGUCCAGCUUGAGAAUGAAAAACUCAAGCUUGAAGUUGCAAAUCUUAAGAAGAUUGUGACCUCUUGGUCAAAAGCUUCCAAGUUUCACCAUAAAUGCUUAAGUGAACAUGUCCCUGCCCAAGUUAAGGAAGUGAUAAGUGGCGAUUAUAACAUUGCUGCCUCUCUAGCUGACUCGUUCAAUGAUGAAGUGAAACCUGAAAUCUCUAUUCCUCCAUCUGCUGUAAUCUCGCCUGAAGAGAUGUAG